AUGUGGAAUCAACUUCGCACGUACUACAACGCCCUAAAGCCGCAAAAAUCUGUGUAUCAGUACAUGCCAUUAGGCUACGUACCCGUCACAAGCUCCCGGACCCGUCUGACAAUCGUAUCGGCAACCUGCCUCAUCUUCCUGUUCGCUAUCCUCACAGCCACUCUACACCCCGCAGAAAAGGCGAGGCAAUACGGGAUAUUUCAGUCUACCGAGAGCCCCGCACAUGAUCCUAUACCCAGCAUUGUACACUAUGUACAGCUCAAGAAACAGGCAGACUCUGUUCUGCAUUUCCGGUUCUACCACUUCCUGACCAUGUGCGCCGCAGUACUGUACAUCAAGCCGACGCAGAUAUACAUACACACUGACUUCAACGACUCGGAUAUCAACAUCGCCAGCGCGCGGGGUGACAAAUGGACCAAGGCCGUCAUCAACACCUUCGCAGACAAGCUCAUCUGGAACCAUGUCCGCGCGCCCACCUUUGCCGGUCAAAACCAGAACGAGCAAAUCUCUGCCAUCCAGCACAAGUCCGACUUCAUCCGCUGGGAAGGCAUCGAAAAGAGAGGAGGCAUCUACAUGGACUGGGACGUGAUACCGCUGCGGCCGCUGACGCCCAUAUUGAACGCUGGCUUCGCGUUUAUCGGCGGCCGCCACUAUGGUGGCGCUGGGGAAACAGGAGGCAUAAACGGAACCAUCAACAACGGAGUCUUGAUGACGAUACCAAACAGCACCAUGGCGCGCAUCGUCGUGCGCGAGCAACACGCCGCCUUCAACAGCGCGUGGGAAUCCAACCUGCAAAGCAUGACGUUGAUCGCCGAGCGCCUUGUCCCGAUUCCGUACGAGGUCCUCAUCCUUGACCGCAACGCUUUCGCGCCCACACACUGGUUCAGAGAGAGCACCGAUCCGCUCUUCCUGCCCAACGACGGCGACCCGUCUCCCGUGCCCGAGCACAUCAACUCGACGGAUCCGAUGGAGCUGUACGAAAAUGCAGUCAAGAAUCGAAGAAGGCGCGCCGAGUGGGAGAUGAAUUUCUCAGCCUCGUACAUGCUGCAUGCCUUCUCCAUGGGCAAUUACCACAAAUACGUCAACGCCAAGCUCAUUCUGAGUAGAACCAGCAACUUUGGAAUUGCCACGUACGAUAUUGUUAAGCACAUGGUAGACAUGGGCUACGUUAGCGCCGAUGACGACUCUGACGAGGCAUAA